AUGACGUACUUCCAAACCAUUGUGUCCCAUCCUGGAGCACAGGGAGCUGGGAGGCCAACAGGAUCUGGGUACUUGCCAAUCACCAGUCCAGGAUACAUUGCAAAUCCCAGUGGACAACAGUAUAUGCAAAUACAGCCAUCAACAUUUUUCCAACCUCAGAAUCUACAAGGUACCUAUGCAGAAGUUGCCCCUCGACCAUCUACAAGGAUUGAAAUAAAUCCAACUGCUCUGGCCUAUCAGUCCUACACAAGCCCGUCUCCUCCAGCCCAUAACAAUCAGCAGUAUAAUGGAGGAGGGGACCCCAGGUACCAAGGAGGGUUCCAAACAGAGGGUAAUCAGAUUUACCAAGAUAGACCCAAACAGUACCAGAUUCAAUCACUGUUUCAUCAAUACCAGAAUGGUCCAGAGGUGAUGAGUGUCUCAUCACCCCAGACAUGCCCACAACACCCCAUGACGCCUCCCACGUUGAAGUCUCCUAUACAAACAUUUAAUGUUUCAGCGCCAUCCCUUGGAGAAUCCACUGAACUGACAACCAAACCUGACACCACAAAUGGCCUCACACUAAGCUAUCCAGAUGACCAGUCAAUGUUUGUGAAAGACUCAGGUCAAGGUAUAGCAGCAUCUUCUUCAUCAGCAGAGGAUGUUUUCAAAGCCAAGGCAUCAUUGUAUGGAAUUGAAAUUUGUACUAGGGCAGAGGGACUUGCCAGUGCUGGAAAGCAAAGGCAGGUUUUGUGUGAUGAUCUUACUUCCAGCAUGAAUGAUAUGGAAGUUAAAGGAGAAAAAGUACCUGAAAUGUUAUUCCAAAUGACACAUAUUGAACCAGAAGAGAGUAAUGAGAGUGAUGAUAGUGCCACUACGUCCACUGAGGCAAGCAUAAAGUGUACAAAUGUUUCUCAGCAGUCUAUAUCAGAUUCUGACACUAAUUAUUAUGCAAAAAACAUUGGAAAAAUAUCUAAUCAGUACUUGAUGACCUCAGAGGAUAUCAAUGGAUGUGUUGUGUACAGUGAAAGUGUGGAACAUGAAUUAAAGGAAAAAAAUAAGGAUGAAGUCAUUUCAAUUACUGCUAAUUCAUGGUCUAAAGGAAGUUGUACAAGCUCCCUGGACCACACAGGUGAAUAUUUCAUCACUGUUCAGGAUGAGAAUGCAUCUAGUACUUCUGAUGAAGAGAUCGGAAUUUUCAGGAACUAUGUUUUGGAAGCAGUAAUGCCAUCACAAAAAAACAAGAAAACUGGUGCACAGAAGAAAUUGCCUGAUCAUCCGACUUUUGAAUCAGAACUGUGUAAAACCAUUAUGACGAGUGUUGGUUCAGAGGAAUUGAAACAAGAACAAAAAAGUAAUGGUACAUUUGAUGUCCUUGUUGAAGAAUUUGUAAAAACAAUUAUCAUAAAGGCUUGUGAAGCGGUCGCAGAGCAAAAUGGCUUGUCAGGAGGAUAUCAUCCAGCACAUGUUAAAGAAGAACUGGCAGAUGUUGAGGUAAAUAACAAUAGCUGUUGUGAGGAUAAAACAGAUUCUGAAAAGCUUGACUUGGUAGAAGGCUAUCUCCAAAACUUCAAAGAUCAGGAUGAAGCAGAUGACAAACAGAUCAGUCAUCACAUUGAUGUAGGUGAUCAUGAUUCGAAAGAGGAGCCAGUGGACCAAAUUUCAGAGCCGUCAUUAGUAUUGUCUAGCUCCUGGGACAUGGCCUGGAAUCAAAAUAUCAAGAGUAAAGAUGAAAACUCCAACCACUGUAGUGAUAAUGUUAUGAAUGGGAAAAGAUUUCAUUGUGAUUCAGAGAGUACAGAACAGUCCAGUGAUUACAGUGAUAGUGCGUCACAAUUAAAUCCAAUCUCUCCAGAAUUCAAACCACGGAGGUAUCUGAAAAAUAAGACUUUCAUGAGACCAGAUGCACCUGCUUUUCAGCCAUUUAACGUACAGGAUGUUAAACGGACCACCAAGGAGGAAUCCUGUGGAUAG